AUGACAAACUUUUAUGAUUUCUUGAAAAUAAUUAAAAUCGUGGUAACCUAUCCAAUUACUAUAACUUGUUUUGUGCCAGCCCUUUGGUCUGGAAUCCUCAAGAAUUUUAAAGAAGUCAGAAGGAUUGCUAAGAGCAAAUUAAAAACUUGUUUAUGCGCGGGAGAAUAUCUAAACAAUGACGUCUUCUAUUCGUGGAAACAAAUGACAGGUUUAGACAUUAAAGCCGGAUACGGGCAAACUGAAUUAGGAUUAACUAUAGCUCAACAAGACAAUGUUGUUUUAACUCCUGGUUCCAUAGGCAAACCUCUCCCCGGCUAUGCAUUCGAGAUAUUGGAUGACAAUCAUAACGUAUUAAAGGCCAACGAAAUAGGAAGUCUAGCUUUAGCAUUGAAAAAAGGAUAUAGUAAUCAGCUGUUCAAGGAGUACAUGGAUGAUGAGGAAAGAACUAAUUCCGUUUUCGUAGGAGAUUAUUAUAUGACAGGAGAUCUAGCGAAAAUAGAUGAAAAGGGUUACGUAUGGUAUUGCGGUCGUAACGAUGAUAUGAUUAACAGAGGAAUCCGUAUAGGGCCCAUGGAUAUAGAAAGUAUGCUGGAAAAACAUCCGUUAGUUAGCGAGUGCGCGGUCAUAGGAAAAUUUUCGCCCGACCAAAAUCAAGAAAUCAUAAAAGCUUUCAUUAAAUUGAAAGAGAAUCAAUACAGAGAUUUUCAAGACAUUUACGACGAGUUGAGAAGCUUUUCGAGCAGUUCAACAUCCACUAUUUUUUGUCCCCAAGAGGCGAUUGUCAACUUUGGCAUACCUAGGGACAAAUCGAACCUGAACCGCUACAACAAUUUAAUCACUUGA